CUAAUCAACGUUCAUCUUCACGGCCAUUCCUGAAGACAUCUAAUUCGUUACGAGACACGUGGACCAUAUUACCUUUUGGAUUUACUUUCCCGGAAUGGAAUCUCCAAAAGUCGCGCGAAAAAAAGGGAUCGGAUUCCGUCUAUUACGUAAAGGCGCUUGUAAACUUGUCGGAGCGGGUUUUUUUUUUUGGUUUCAUUUAUUCUUUUCUAUGUCUUCAGCGCGGAGUUGGGAACUGGAAAGCAAAGAGCGAUGGUGUGUCGAUGUCGAGAAUUAUGGAAAGCAUAUCAGGCGCAGAAGGGGGACGCAGACAAAGAGACAAGGAUUCUUCUCAUGUAUUUUUUUCUGGGACGCGGAAUAUUCUAUUCUGGCGUUUGAUGCGCAAACAACUCGGGGAAACGAGCCUCCAAGGAGCCAUUCUCCUGGCAAUCGUUUGGAUGAUACCAGAUUCUUCACUUUUUUCUUUUCUUUUUUGGGAUGGGUUUGGGCCACUACAGGAGAGAGGAAUUCAGUUCACUCAAAGCUGAGGAAAAGACGUUUUAGACAAUACCUGGGCCAAGAACCCAACCGUCAGCGGAUACUUCCGCUGAACGGAGACUCAAGUUGGGACCAGAAGCCCUCGAAACGAGUACGGGCUAGGGACAACGACCAGAAAAAAACUGGCGCCUACCAAUGAAUACAAACAUUCAAACACCCCAAAACGAGUUUUUCCACGUAUACCUGUGACUAUCAUUGAUGUUGAAGUUGGAUUCAUUCCAUCCGAAGAGAGUCCAAAAUGGUGCUUGUCUAAGGUAAAAGUGAUGGCGUCUGUCGGAAGCGGCGGGAAACUCUUUCUAUGUGACGGCCUAAAAAGGGUGACAUUAUUUUUUCCCCUUU